AUGCUGCCACCCCCCUCCUCCACCACCCCACAGUUCACCUCCUUCCACCCCAUCCCACCCCCGCCAACCAACCACUACACCCUCGCCUCCGCAGGCUGGACCUUCACCGUCCUCGCAACCCCCACAGACGUCUACGUCUCCGGCCACGGCCCCAAAGGCGAGCUCGGCCUCGGGCCUGCCGUCACCUCUGCGACGCUGCAGCGGCUCCCAGACUUCCCGCCGGCGGGGACGCGGGUGGUGGCGCUGGCGUCGGGGAUGGCGCAUACGCUCGCCGUGCUGGACAGCGGGGAUGUGUACGGGUGGGGCGCGGGGCGGAAGGGGCAGCUCGGGGCGCCGGCCGCCGCAGCGGUGGAUGUGCCGCGGAGGGUGGAUGUGGGCUGGGAGGUUGAUCUAGCGGCGUGCGGGCGGGAGUUCAGCGUCUUGCUGUCGCGCGCGGGUGAGGGUGGUGUGCGGAGGGUGGCGGUGCUGGGGGGCGACAAGUAUGGGCUGCGCGAGGGGCUGGGGAAGGAGCUUGUUAGUGUUGUGGGCAUGCAGGCGGGAUGGGGGGCGUGGUGGUGCGUACUGAGCACUUAA